GGGGCGGCCCGUCAGAAAGUCCAGUUCCACAGGGCGCAGUCGAGACCCAAGGUCGUGAGUUUACUGACGAGGGUUCUAUGGUGUUAAAUGCUGAGCUAUAGCUGUAGUCAAUGAACAGCAUUCUUACAUAGGUAUUCCUCUUGUCCAAAUUAAUCAUGAUCUGAAAAUGUCAAUCAAUAUGCAAAUAAUAUUACAAUUAGAACAUAUUUGAUUGACUUUCUCAUAUAGGCCUAUGCAUUUUAAUGAUCCUCAUCAUUACUGUACUGAUAAUCUAGCAUAAAAAAACGAUAACAGUAGUUAUCUAUACAUGAGUCUCUUACUGAACGAGGAUCAGUUUCUAUCUUUUUUUUGCCCUCAAUGGUGAUAGUGGUUGGUGGAGGGAACGCAGGUCUCAGAACAAAUACAGCGCUUCAACCAAUAGAAAAAAUAGAACAAUCUCUAUAUCAUGAACCAGGAAGAGGUUAUUUGAUACACGGAACUGGAAUGCCACGUGACAGUCGAGCCCUGUGUGUUUCAGAUAAUUAUGCGAGAUGUCGUUUAACUCUCUUUGUAUGAACAAUUUGUGGAGAUCUGCUAUACGACUAUCUUCUAACGCUGCUGUCACGUCAACGCGAUUAGUGGCUAUUCGCUGCAAAAGAUUUGGUGAUAAGCGCGGUGAGCUCUGCCAGACGAGAGCCCAUAGUAACAAUACACAGCACGUCUCAAGAAAGCUGGUGCGGAAUGGGAAGGAGAAGAAGUUAGUGGUCUUUAUAGAGGGGAAUAUUGCUAGUGGGAAGACAACAUGCCUAGAGUAUUUCAGCAAAACCAGUAACAUUGAGGUGCUGACUGAGCCAGUUUCCAAAUGGAGGAAUGUUCGAGGGCACAACCCCCUGGGGUUGAUGUACCAGGACCCUACUCGAUGGGGCAUCACUCUACAGACCUAUGUUCAGCUAACCAUGCUGGACCGACACCUCUCAACAAUGUCAGCCCCAGUGAGAAUGAUGGAAAGGUCCAUCUACAGUGCCAAGUACAUCUUUGUGGAAAAUCUUUUCAGAAGUGGGAAGAUGCCCGAGGUGGACUUUGCUGUUCUUAGUGAGUGGUUUGAGUGGAUCACACAGAACAUUGCCAUUCCUGUGGAUCUUAUUGUUUACCUCCAGUCGUCUCCACAGACCUGCCAUGAGAGGCUGAAAGAGCGAUGCAGGGAGGAGGAGAAGAUCAUUCCUUUGGAAUAUUUAGAGGCAAUCCAUCAGCUGUAUGAAGACUGGCUGAUAAAGAAGACGUCCUUCAAUGUUCCUGCUCCAGUCCUUGUAAUUCCAGCAGACGAUGACUUGCAGAAGAUGCUCCACCAGUAUGAGGAGAACAGAGAGAAGAUUUUAGCAGGGAGCAAUGUGUGAGUGAAGUACUCAGUAUUCAGACCCUUAGACUUUUUCCACAUUUUGUUAGGUUACAGGCUUAUUCUAAAAUUGAUUUAAUUGUCCCCCCCGUCAAUCUAAUUGUCCCC